AUGCUGGAUCCCUUUGCCAUCCUUCGAGGGAAGGGAAGCAACUUAGAGCAUCUCCGCGCCUUGCGUGGCAACAUGUCUGCGGCCAUGACGCAUCUCACGGGCUUUCAAGCAGGUCUUGCGAACGUGAUCGAGAUCAUUUGGGUCAUGGGAGACGAUGCGUUCCCUCAUUUCAGGGAGAAGUUCCUUGAUCCACACUCUUGGCACUCCAAGCAAAUGGAGAAAGUUUUGCAAGAUGGCAAGUUUCGACUUUGCGUUGUCCACAACCGGCCCUCGCAACGGACCUUGAUCAAUUCUGAAGCCUUACCCUUCCAAGUCCUCGAGAUCGAUGCUCCUCCACAGCUUUCCGCCGACCUCAGCGCCACGGCCUUGCGGAACGCCUGGCUGUCCAGGGUUCCAGAGAGUGAGAUCAGCCAGAGGCUUGGAAGUGCUGAAGCGGCCAACUACAUGCGCAGCCUGCGUGGCUGA